AUGGAAUAUUGGUAUGAGAUUCUAGCAAUUAUCAGUUGGAUUCUAUCAACUUUUCUCAUCAUAUUCUUCCGGAAAUUUUACAAAUCAUGCUCCAGAAUAAUCGCAUUUUUCACGCUGAAAAUUCUGAUUGAUUGGUUUAUUUUCGAAGGAAUCGUCAAGUUUCCAGGUGAUGGAGAUAGUUUCAAAUGUCGAAUUAUGGCUGAUUGUGUUUAUUUGAUGUUCACAAAUAUUAUUUACAUUCAAGUUUUCUUCUCUGAUUAUAAAUUGGAUCCCGCAUUUUUUGGUAUCUCGUUGGCUUUAACAAUUAUGUCAGCAAUUAUUGGAAUAUUUUUCACAAUGCAAAGUGAUUGGGAUAAAACUUCUCUUUGUUUAGUUCCUUUGAUAGAACAUGGUAUAUCUAUGUAUUUAUUUGUUGAGAAAACGAUUUCUCUUUUCAAAUCUGAUUUUUAUACUGGAUAUUUUAAAGUUCUCCUUUUGGUGUCAAUAAUUAUUAAAAUUAUUGGUAAUAACAUUUUGCGUUGUUCAUAUUUUUACAUUUUUCAAUACGAUUUCCUAUUUUAUAUUUCUCAAAUAGUUUUGAACAUUUUUCUUGUAUUUUUCUUCAUGUUUUAUCGUCGGAUUAAUGUGACACAUUUCAAUUUAUUUUCUGUUUCAAACAAAUCUCGAAGUAUGGAGAAACGAUUAAGUAUAACUUCAAGAGAAACUAAUUAUACAUUUCAAAAUGCUGCUGUUGAAUUAAUGUUUCCGGCAGACAAUGAAUUGAAUACAAUUAGCGAGUGCAGUUCAAUCAAUAGCAAUUUAUCAUUAGAUAUGCAGAAUACGACUACGGUAAUGGCCUGCAGAAAACAUAAUUCUGAUUAGAGUAAUCUGUUUUUUUACAGCCAAGAGACAUGAAAGUGUAUACUGUAUCAGAAGAAGUUCAAAAGAAGAAAUCUUCAAGAUUAUCAAAAAUCUCAAGGAAUCUCAACAAAGUAGGAUCAGAAGAUACAACAUCAAAUAGAUCAUCAAAUAGAGUUUGA